UGCAGCGCCUGGAGCUCACGGCGGGAUCUCCUCCUCCUCUUUCUCCUGGGAACCUGGACGGUACCUUCUCCUCCGCCCGGCUAGUCGGCGCAGCCGCCGCAUCCCUACCUCCGCGGCGCCCCGAGGAGGAGGAGAAGACGCAGCUGGGCCGCAGCCGUUAGAGGGGUCCCCGGCUGCCUCUCACUCCGUCGGCCGUCGCCUUCGGGGUCAACCCGCCCGCGGUGUCUCCGCUUUCUCCUCCCGCUGCCGCCGGCGCCCGCUUACAGCCGCGAUGGGGCUCUUGGACUCGGAGCCGGGCAGUGUCCUCAACGUGGUGUCCACGGCGUUGAACGACACCGUGGAGUUCUACCGCUGGACCUGGUCCAUCACAGAUAAACGUGUGGAGAACUGGCCUCUGAUGCAGUCUCCAUGGCCUACACUUUGUAUAAGUACUUUUUAUCUCUUGUUCGUGUGGCUGGGUCCAAAAUGGAUGAAGGACCGAGAACCUUUCCAGAUGCGCUUAGUACUCAUUAUCUAUAAUUUUGGGAUGGUUUUGCUUAACCUUUUUAUCUUCAGAGAGUUAUUCAUGGGAUCAUAUAAUGCAGGAUAUAGCUAUAUUUGCCAGAGUGUGGAUUAUUCUGAUAAUGUUCAUGAAGUUAGGAUAGCUGCUGCUCUGUGGUGGUACUUUGUAUCUAAAGGGGUUGAGUAUUUGGACACCGUAUUUUUUAUCCUGAGGAAGAAAAACAACCAAGUCUCUUUCCUUCAUGUAUAUCAUCACUGUACAAUGUUUACACUGUGGUGGAUUGGAAUUAAGUGGGUCGCCGGGGGACAAGCAUUUUUCGGAGCACAGCUGAAUUCCUUCAUCCAUGUGAUUAUGUACUCAUACUAUGGGUUAACUGCAUUUGGCCCAUGGAUUCAGAAAUAUCUCUGGUGGAAAAAAUACUUGACCAUGUUGCAGCUGGUUCAGUUCCACGUGACCAUCGGGCACACAGCACUGUCUCUGUACACUGAUUGCCCCUUCCCCAAAUGGAUGCACUGGGCUCUCAUCGCCUACGCAAUCAGCUUCAUAUUUCUCUUUCUUAACUUCUAUGUUCGGACAUACAAAGAGCCUAAGAAAGCAAAAGCUGGAAAAACAGCUGUGAAUGGUAUUUCAGCAAAUGGUGUGAGCAAAUCAGAGAAACAACUAGUAAUAGAAAAUGGAAAAAAGCAGAAAAAUGGAAAAGCAAAAGGAGAGUAAAUUGAACUGGGCCUUAACUGUUGUUGACAGUGAGGAAGCUCCCAUUUCAUAUAAAAUUUCAGGGAAAAAGAAGCAAAUGAGGGUUUGGGGUGGGGAGAAAAAGACAAAUGUGCUCUAUGUAUUAGUAACCUUUAGAUAGAGUAAAGUGUUAAAUACAAUAUCCGGAUGUUUUAUUUAUGAAGUUUUAUUUUAAACAUUUUUUUUAUUAGCCUUGAUGUUGUCCAGACCAAAGCAAUCAUUAUGUGACUUGGGAGGCUCUCCCUCUGUUCACAUCUGUUGUCUAAUGCAUGAGAUUUUUCAUGUAUCUUAUAUACAGUCAUUCUUCAGUCUGAUGAUCACAGAAACACAGUAUGAAUUUUUUGGCUAAAUUAUUAUUGCCUACUGAUGAAAAUCAGUUAUCUAACAUUUUCUGGUCCAAAGCUGGAACUGUAGAUACUUUAAAAUUUGCACAUUUGGAUUCAUUUGCUGACUGGAAUGGUCGAAUCUCUCCACCUCUAGUCUGAAUAUACCCUUUUGGUUGUAAUUAAAUUUAAAAAACCUGAUGAUCUCUGUAGACUCUUAGAGGCUUGAUGAUGAUGGUGUUGGUGAAAAUAAGAAAGAAUUACAGUAAAAGCCUGUCUAGCGACCCAAAGGUCACCAUGACUUGCGGCACAAAUCACUGUGGGAAACAAUUUUUGUGAUGAAAAGGCAGCCUUUUAAUACUCGUGUUACUAUCAGAAAUAUAUUAUGAAAAUUAAGAUUAUUGUCUGAUUGGAACAUGAAACAACUCAUGUCUUUAUUAGUAACAUCACAGAAGAGUUACACUUAUGUGCUGUUAGAAGAGAGUAUGUUGAUUUUUAUCAGGCUUUCCUUGUUUUGAUUUGUGGCUGUUACCGAUUUUUCAUAUGUGGAAAUAUACCUACCUCUUAUGUUGGAAAGAACAUUUAAAAUUAAAUAAAUUUUAAUUAAAAAA